CGGAUGAUCCGACAAUUAUUGGGCUAGUUUUCGUCAAUGACAGUUAAGGGCAAGGAAUGAUCGCGAACACACACGUCCGCGUUUUACCGGCGCCCGUGUAUAUGCUAUAGGCGACGCGCUGACACGGAAAGGGUAUGGGUUCUGGCGUUUUAACGCUGCGCAGGGAACGGUAAUUUGUUUUGAUCUAGAAAGUAAGUAUACAUACGGUAUACGGUUCUAUCGUUGCGAGAGCUCGACGCCUGCGAGACUCGGGGUAGGCCACCCCGCAGUACACGCGCGCACCACAGACGGGGUGUUGCCUACACAUCGGGCGCCAUGAGACGUUGCAUUGGCUGCACUUUGCACCCUUUCGCAACGGCAGGGGGAGCGGGACGCACCGUAAGGAUGACCCAAGAGCGAUAAUUCAAGUAAGAGAAUGAGUUUAUUCAUUGGCACAAAAUUUGUUAUGCCAGAAUGUAUUCGCAGAGCUUUUAACAGUGCGGGAUCUCAUGUAACACUCGUUCGUGUAGCACCUCCGUCUCACGCGAGGCAAACGAAACAUAAUAUACAGGAUCACUGUCAAACGUAGAGUGGCGGGUUUUCUUGCCCGAAUAGAGCGACGUAAAAAUGGCUUCAUCGCUCUGUUAGAGCGAUACUUCCGAAAACGAAUCAAAAUGAGUCUGAUUUGUAACUUGAAGAGUCGCGAAACUGACUCCAAGAGAGCGAUGUUAAUCAAUACCGCUACCGCAGGAGUCAUAAAAUCGGAUUCACAACCUCGCUCUAUUUGGAUCGAAUUUGCUUACUCCUUUACUUGCAGUGAUGGGGGCGAUUUGCCGAAUCGUAGCCUGGUAGACAAAAAUGGGAAGGGUUUUUGAACCAAGACAGGACGCAAUAUUGUGAGCGCACAUCGUUUUGCACGAGACAAAUAACUCUCCCAGUCUGUUGUAUGGGACAUUUUGUUAGGAACCGGGCUUAGUCCAAAAUCCCAAUCGCGUUUCUUUCUGGGGGACAAUUUUUUUUUAUUUUUAAACUAUUCCCCACCACCUAGCUGCAAAUUGGACCACUGCAAAUCUCGCCAUCAAUCUCUCGUUAACACGCCAGCACGGAGUACUCGACCCGCCACGCGACAUAUGGUUGGCGCACUUGGGUCAUGGCCCUCACAGAGGAGCAUGCCGUCGACUGCCGUCGAGGCUCGGCCUCGGGUCCCGCCAGGAUGCCGUUGGUGCUCGUGGCACUCGCACUCAUCGGUCCGACCGGCGUCCCCGGCAAAGCCAUCAACGGUGUCCUGGGCCCGUUCAUAGCCUACACCGAACGCUUUUACUUGUGUGAACCGAAUGAUCGGCCUCUUCCGUGGAGAUGGCAGUUUCGUACCACUCACUUUAACCCAGCGAAACCGAGAGACGUGCAACUACUGACCGGUAAUAUAACGGGUGUAAAUGUUACUUUCGAUAACAAACAGUGGGUAAGAGUAAUAAUAGAUGUUUGGUCCAAUAACCAAUGGAAAGAAAACGCUUUUAUCUUCUAUUUUAAGAACAAGGGAUGUAUGUCUCUUAGAGAAAAUAUCCCCAGUCUUUACCAGCAUAUAUUUAAGAAGAGAGAAACUAACAACGUGUGCCGUCACCAACCUGGAGUUUACGAGGUCAAUAACGCCCCAAUCGAGUGGGUUUUUCCACAUUUUCCAGUCGCAUUUUAUGGACGCUAUAGGUUCAAACUCAUGGUUGGCCUAGCUGACGUCUUACACGCAUGCUUGGCAGUAGAUUGUGACGCUAUUCCUAAAGGCGUCGGAGUGGACUAGCCCUGCAGUGGAGGUAACAUGAACACUUCCGCGGCACCUUUUGGGUCAAAUGUAGUCAAAUAUAUACGAAACGACGCACAACCGUUGCGGUAUUGGGACCUAAUUUGCUCUCGAUCGGUGGCCCGGAGACCGCGACGCGCCCUGGAGAUGUCAAACUCCAGGAGAGGAUCGCUCUCCAGCGGCGUCGCGGCAGAGAAGGCCCUGGAAUUAAUUAUUCGCAGGGACAGCUGUCCGAGCGGGCCGGGCCGGGGCCGGGCGGGCGGUCCCGGGGGAUCUGGUCGGAUCUGGGCAUCAUGGCGGCUGCUGGAAGGCUGCUGGAGGGCUGCUCGUGGGGUUGUG